CACCGACGUUCCGCGGUCUCUUGUGAGUUUCCGUAGUUUCCUGUUUGGUUGCCAAGGAAAUUAGGAUCAUGGCCUCGGCGUUUUCAUCUGAGUGAAUCAGUGGGUAAUGCAAAGGAGCUGCAGAGACAGCGGUAAUGGCGGAGUUGCACAUUAUCGGUCAGAUUGUCGGGGCUAGUGGCUUCCCUCAGAAUAGUCUCUUCUGCAAGUGGGGAAUUCAUACAGGGGGGGCAUGGAGACUUCUCUCUGGCUUGAAGGAGGGUCAGACCCAAGUGGAUUUGCCUUCGACAGGUGACAUGGCAUACUGGAGUCAUCCCAUUGAUAUCCACUACACCACUAAAGGACUGCAGGGCUGGCCUAAGCUUCACCUACAGGUUUGGCACCAGGAUUCCUUCGGCCGGUGUGAGCUUUAUGGGUAUGGAUACUGUCAUGUGCCCUCCAGCCCAGGGCACCAUCACGUCAGCUGUGUGACCUGGAGACCGCUGGGAUCCUGGCAGGAGCAGAUCGCUCAGACCUUUGUGGGCGGAGGCCCCCAGUUGCGCUCCCCGGACCUCAUAUACAGCGGGGCGGACAGAUAUAGGCUGCACACGGUGGCUAUGGGCACUGUGGAGCUGGAGCUUGGCAUAAUCAUGCGACACUUUGACAGAUACGGCGUAGAGAGCUGAAAUGGGGAGAGAUUGGACUAAGCGAAGGGCGAAUGCAGGGAGCCAUGAAUUAAGCACUGUAUUGUUAGAGAGUGGGGGUGGUGGGGAUUUUCACCAAAUCCGCAUUGGGCUACAUGAAGCAAGGCUGACCGGUUAUUUGAGGUGUUCAGCCCUGUGAGAUGUGUUGUUGUGGCAGGAAUAGUGAGAGAAUCCUACAUGAAAAUGGGUGUCUUUCUCCACUCGGGGGUGCAAGUGAGCCUUUAACCACCGUCUGCCUUUCUGAUCGUCAAUAUCUUUUUUAAUAACGUUUAUAUAACUAAGAUUUUAUUUAAAAAAAUACAACCAAUGCAUACCAGAUUUUAUACUGUAUUGUCAUUUCAAUUUUAUACUUUUCUAUUAACUUCUUGUGUUUUUAUAUAGUAAAAUGAUGUAAAUAAAUAAAUACAAUGUGUCCAAACCUGUGCUCCU